UUUCUCUCCGUUCCACUGCUGCUUCAUCACCAACAACAACACACACUUCUUUCCUUGCCCGAGCAAGAGAGAGAGCACAUCAACGGCAACAACACCAACAGCACCAACAACACCAGCACCACCAACAACAACACCAGCAGACGGACGAGCCGAUCUCAACCUCAUCAACCUCCUUGCCCACCCCCUUGCACGAAACCAACCAUGGCUGCCUCGUUGCGAUCUUUUGUGAUGUUGCUGCUGGCGUGCUGUUUUGCGCUCGCUGUCAUCACCGGCCCUUCCAUGAUGGCGGAUGCCCGCCCCGUGGCCGUCGCAGCCGAUGCUGUGGCUGUGCAGCAACAGCAAGCGGAGGUCGUCCCCUUUGCACGCAACCGCCGCAGCAAGCAUAGCGCCAAGACUGGCUUUCCUGCCGAACGAUUCCCUCUCUCAAAGGAGGGCGCCCGCGCCAGGCGUGACGCUGAGGUCGACCCCGAACUGGAGGAGCGAUUCCGUAAACAGGUGCUUGGCGUGAAGAACGCAAAGCAACACCGCAUGCGUGCCGCCGCCGCCCCUGCCGCCCCUGCCGUGUCUGAGCCAUUCAAGAGCUCUCACUCCAAGAACCACAAGUAACGCCAGACCCACCAAGCACCUCCUCCAAGUCUUUUGUCCCCCCCCCCUUGUUUUUCCACCACACACACACACACACACACAUCAACUGCUUUUGCCCCUCACUUAUGAUGAAUGCUGUGUUAUGUUACAACGUUAUUUGUCUUGUUACCUUGUCUUGUUGUGAUUGCUUUGCCGACGCCAUGCCCUGCCACCAGCGUUCAAAUCAGUCCAAAUACACACCAACAGCUCCAGCUUGCUCCAAUUGUAAUGGG